AUGGCCACGAUGUCCUUGAUUCGUAUGAAGGGCACAAUGAGUGACCAGUGUCCUCUCGUGUAUUUCGAGCGCCUACAUAAAAAGAAAUGGACUGAACAACAUGAACGAAGUCCACGAGAAGACGUCAACGAGAAGAAGUCCACGAGAAGAGGUCCACGAGAAGAAGUCCACGAGAAGAGGUCCACGAGAAGAGGUCCACGAGAAGAAGUCCACGAGAAGAAGUCCACGAGAAGAAGUCCACGAGAAGAGGUCCACGAGAGGAAGUCCACGAGAAGAAGUCCACGAGAAGAAGUCCACGAGAAGAGGUCCACGAGAAGAGGUCCACGAGAAGAAGUCCACGAGAAGAAGUCCACGAGAAGAAGUCCAGGAGAAGUAGGCCACGAGAAGAACUCCAGGAGAAGUAAGCCACGAGAAGAAGUCCACGAGAAGAAGGCCACGAGUAGAAGUCCACGAGAAGAAGUCCACGAGAAGAAGGCCACGAGAAGUAAGCCACGAGAAGAAGUCCACGAGAAGAAGUCCACGAGAAGAGGUCCACGAGAAGAAGUCCACGAGAAGAAGUCCACGAGAAGAGGUCCAGAGAAGAAGGCCACGAGAAGAGGUCCACGAGAAGAAGUCCACGAGAAGAGGUCCACGAGAAGAAGUCCACGAAAAGAAGGUCACGAGAAGAAGCCCACGAGAAGAAGCCCACGAGAAGAAGUCCACGAGAAGAAGUCCACGAGAAGAAGUCCACGAGAAGAAGUCCACGAGAAGAAGGUCACGAGAAGAAGGCCACGAGAAGAGGUCCACGAGAAGAAGGUCACGAGAAGAGGUCCACGAGAAGAAGUCCACGAGAAGAAGGUCACGAGAAGAAGGUCACGAGAAGAAGGCCACGAGAAGAGGUCCACGAGAAGAAGGUCACGAGAAGAAGCCCACGAGAAGAAGCCCACGAGAAGAAGGCCACGAGAAGAAGUCCACGAGAAGAGGGCCACGAGAAGAAGGCCACGAGAAGAAGGCCAGGAGAAGAAGGCCAUAAGAAGAAGUCCACGAGAAGAUCUGCCAUGA